UCUAUGAUUGGCUAAUAUUCCGAAAGUUUCCGUAACUUCCGCUAAAUGUCAACAUGGCUGUGUUUAGUAAACUGAAAACUUUGAACUAUUCUUGCUACGAAAUGGGGCAUACCUGGGAUCCACAUUGUUUCUCAGCAUCGGUGAAUGUUGGCAAGGCAGUGUUUCGAGAAUCUUUGAAAAUAUAUGGAUCAUUAUAUUUGAUUGCUGCAAUUAUAAAGAAAAAAGGAAAAGACUAUUAUUUAAAGAAAUUCAUUCCUGAAACUCUACGAUCUUCCAUCUUCCUAACAAUAAAUGGCCUCAUGUUUGUUGCUAGUUUUUGUCUGUGGAGAAAGAUUAUGGGUUCAUAUUUUUUUUACAAUUGCUUUGUGUGUGGUAUUCCCGUUUGUUUUCUAUCAAUUCUCAUUGAGAGUAAAAAAAGGAAACUAUUUGGCCGUUUCUAUCAUGUCACUAGUGCAUUUCUACCAACCCUCACUGCUGCCUUGGCUGCAAUUGUUGUGGAAAGGAAAUCAAGGCGUGGAUUGUUAGCUGUUUACGUAGCAAAUUUGGCAACAGAGACGGCAUAUAAUAUGGCGCUGUUCAGGGGCUGGUUCCAUCCAAUAAAAAAUGGAGAGAUAUGGAUGUUUAGUGUUGUGUGUGCGAUAUAUUUCUAUCUCUUUAGAAGUAAGAAUGGUUUAUCUAAUUCCCAAGCCUCCGGAUUAAAAUUUUUAGUGGGAAAGGAGGAAUGUGCGGAUGUUAUAUAUGAAGAACGAGCAGUAGAUAAUCAUAAUGUCCAAAAAUCGUCAUCACAACAACGUCAAAAACAGCACAAGUAUCUUCCAUCGAACUUGCAAUUUAUCGUCAAAUUUCUAUAUAAAUUAGAACAUAGUAAAAAACAUUCCUUAUGUCGUCAUCAAACAGGGUGUAUGCACUAUAUUCUUCAGGGUUUUGUACGAAUGUUUGGUAUAGGAUUUGCUAUUCAAGCAUGUGUUAAAGUGGUUUCAUCAUUCACUAAAAUAAUUCAUCAACCAAAAGUAUUAUUUUCUACUCUGUUACAUACAGAUAGCUUUAAAUUAGGGGCAUUUCUAGGAUCAUUUUCUGCUGUGUUUAGGGGAUCUAGUUGUGCUUUACGCUGGUUACGUAAUAAAGAUGACAAUAAGCAUGGUAUGGUGUCUGGUUUUCUAGCAGGUUGGAUGAUGUUAUGGUACCGAAGUUCAACAAUAGCGUUGUAUAUAGCUUCAAAAUUAGUUGAGACACUAUAUUUUAAAGGAAUAGAUAAAGGAUUUUUACCAUAUAUAAAAUGGGCUGACAUAGUUAUUUAUUCUAUAUCUACUGCUGUUGCCUUUCAUACUGCUGCCUUAGAACCUCACAAUUUACGUCCAGGGUAUUGGAAAUUUGUAAACAGAGUCACAGAUGAUAAGUUUCGUCAAAUGAAUAGAAGACUGAUGGAUGCAUUUGGCGUGAAAUCUUCCUUGAUGUUUCCUGAUUUUUGGCCCAAGUACGACAUGAGGUUUACAGAUCUUACACCAGAUCAAGUGCCAAAGUUUUAAAAUGUUAUACUGCAAUUUCUAUGUGUUCUCAUUUCACACUGUGAACUUCAAUGUGUUCACCUUUCAUACUGUGAAUUUCUUACAUGGUAUAAUUUCAUAGUGUUAAUUUGUUAAUAUCUGUCAUUCAAAGAGUUAAUAUUUUGAAUGUUCACUGUGUAAAUAUUCUCACUUUCUUAAGGUGUUAAUAUACUCACUUUGUUUAUGUUUUCAAUAUUAAUUAGCUCAAUGUGAUAAUAUUAUCACUAUGUUAAUCUGUUCAAUGUGUUAAUAUUAAUGUGUUAAUAUUAUAAUUAAUUUAGAAAUUAUACAUUGAACUACAAGUAGGCCGGACAACACAAAUUUGUAUUACAUUUUUAAAUAAUUAAUUUUAAUCGGUAAUAAAUAUGAAAUAAACACAAGCAAUGGUAACCAUGUAAAAUUUAUGUAAUUAAUCAAAUGACUAUAAUUUAGAAAUUGAAUAUGUAGUCUACAGAUAGAAAUAAUUUAAAAAUCUGUCAUGGUAAAUGUGAUCUACGUUUGUGUAUUUUCAUAGUCUUGUAUUUCUAUAGUGUACUUUCAUGAAAUAGUGAAAGAAAUGGCCUUUUUGAAGACAACCAUCUUGCUCUAUGCAAUUUAACAAUUAGAAUAUGCAAUAAAAUCUUGCCCGUUUCUUUUUUAUUAUGUUUAAAUGAAGAAUUAUGUUACAAAUGGCUCCUGAAUUGUUUAAAUGGCAUUUAGUAAUUGAAUUGGAAUACAAUUACUGAAUAACAUUUUGACUAGACUUCUUAUAUUAUAUCAUUGCUUGUUAAAAACUUGGGAAUCCUAGUCAAAAUGUCACUCUGUAAUAAACAGUAAUUUUAUUCUGUAGAAUUGUGUCCUGUUCAUGUACAGAAUAUUGCUUUAAUCCUCUUUCUAGUGAUCUCUUGAAACAUGGUUAACUUAAAAUUUUCUUAGGUUGUCUCUUAAAACUGGGUUAACUGUGAAUUAUUUGGGAGAUCAUCACUUUUCGAUUUCAAUUUAGAGAGGGGUUUAAUGUCCAUUUAAUCAUAUUUAGAAUACAGACCUGACAGUACCGUGCAACAUUUAUACCCAGUAAGUCGCCUAGCCCAAAACUGUAUGUUCUCAUUCGACCACAGUUUUUAACUGAUCAGAAUAAAGAGUGUUUAAGAUUUCUUAUAUAUUACUGCUAAGAGUACCUUGAGUUAUGUUCCAGCUUAGUUGCAAGCAAUUUAAUGUCGCUGAUCAUCAUUUUGGGUAUUUUUAAUCGCUUGAAAACUGCAAUAUUGUUAAAGGUGAACUCAGAAAGAUAAAUAUUAGUCUAAAAUUUGUUCAAUUAUUUACAAAGAUAUGAUAAAUUGUAUAUUUUGCAACAUUUGACAGACGAUAUAAACAAGCCAGUGCCACCUAUAAGUGUUAGGUAAAAAUCUUUGGAAGGGCUUAUUUUUCUAAUCCAACUGAAACAAUUUAAAAACAUAUUAGCCCUGAAGAAUUAAAUUAGAUGUAAUCCGAAAAAUGCAAAGGACGAUGAUUGGCUUUAAUUAGCAAAAAUGUCUUCCGAUUUUGAGAACCUGGCUAAUUUGUUUAACAUUAUUAUAUAGCCAGGAGUUUACGAUUUAAAGUGUUGUAACCUUUAUUUAAUGUUUAUGAUUAAAUCUACUCCUUAUCUUCACACUUAUAUCUUAUCAAAACCAUUGAUAACCACUGGCUUAAAGUGCCAGUGCACCUGGAGACCAAUAAUCAUCCUUAUUUAUAUUUAACAAAUAUAAGGGCUGAAUCUGUUCCUUAAAUAGUAAUUAGAUGAUUAAAACUUAGGUUAGAUACCAUCUUUUAUGUAUAGAAAUGGAUUAUCUUUCAGUCAUCCACUGGCCAGUGGCCAGUAAAAGAGCAAAAAAGAUAGUGGUGAGAAACCAAUACAAAAUAAUAACUAAUCCAGUACCAUAUUUUGAGUGGUAAGUUUAUAUUUUAUGUAUUAAUCUGUGAUGAUAUGGCUUUAAAGUGAAUCUAGAUUCAAUUAAAUCUAUCUCCUAGACAGUUUAUGAUGACUUGAUGUAGAAGCAAGCUAAUAUUUAAUAUACUGAAUAAUUUAGCUCCUAUAGAUUUUGUAUAAUGUAUAUUAUCUUAUAAUGUUAUAAUGAUACUUUAUAUCACUAGAUCUCUUUUAUUUGGGUAAAUAGUAAAAGGGUUGAUUUAAUUAUGUUAGAUGUUUUGAUUGACUUUGUGAAGUGGGAAUCUUUAAAGUUUUACAUUCACAGAUAGAGUCAAUGUUGGGAUGGAACUGAUUUUGUGUUCCACUAUCCACAAUUUAAAGUAAAAAAUGAAACUAAAAAUGAAAGAGGUUUAACUGAUUAUUUUAUAAAGAAAGUCAAUCUGUAUUAUGAUUUAUAUAUGUUAUUUAUAUAUUUGAAAUACAAUUUUGAUAUUAAAAUAUUAUAUAAUAUACUGUAUUGUACAGGUAAAUUGUACUGAAUUAAUUAUUGUUCUGGGGUUGAGGUGCACUCACAACCGUUGAUAAUACGUAUUGUAUAUAAUUUGUAUUGUACGGUAGAAGUGUUGUUGGAUAAAUUAUUGGAGUGGCGAUGGGGCGGUUCAUAGUAGUUAGAGGGCUAUUGAUCAGCAACAAUAUGGGGGCUUAGAGGGUAAGACGCUGUCACACUGAACUAACUAGGAGGUAUCUGGUCGGUGGCAGAUAAAGAUUUUAAGGAUUAUUUGGUGUGGUUUCCCCUUGUCAGUGUUGAAGGGUGGGGGUCUUGCUUUCUCAAAGCAUACUGCAUUUGAUAUAUUCAUUACCCCGGUUGGUAGAAUGUCCCUUAAUUGGCAGUAUUGCAGGACAGAGGUAAAACGGCCUUCUUUAAUAUUUUUAGUAAAUCCAAACUUUCAAUUCUAUGAUGUAGUGGAUUUUUUUUUAAUUUUCACGCUUAAAAGAUAUAUCAGACAAAUUGUAAAGUUGAUAUCAAUACAAAAUAUUUAUAGAAAUGAAAAUAAAUAACACAGAUGGAA